AAAAUUUUCUUCUUCAUUCGACUAACUAAAGCGCAAGUUAACAAAAUAAAAGACGUUUUCAAAGAUUUGGCCAAUGUUGAAUUGUGUCAUACUGCAAAAGAAGGGAAAUUUGUCAAGUUUGUUCCAGAAAAGGAUCCAGGCAUGGACACCCAAGAUGGAUUCGAUACUGAAUGCAAAACAAGAUUUGAUGAUUUCAUUACCAAGUUUUUAACUUUGACUCAAACAUUUGACAAAGAUAAAUUAAGCAAAGCAAUAUCACUCAACGUUUGUCCUUAUUUGAAUAAACCAGAAACUAAGAAUGAUAUCAACAUCAGGUGGCAACCCAAUCAACCAAUAGUAACUGUAACAGGAUUGAAAGAAUCUGUUGAUAAAAUAAUGAAAGAAAUUGAAACUUCUAUCAAUUCAACUGUUGCUGAAAUGUCAGUUAAUGAAGAACAAUACAGAAUUCUUACAAACUGCGGAAUACUGUCCGAACUUCAAGCUAAGCAUAAGAAAGUACAAUUGGUACUAGAUGAUACAAAGCACAGUGUGACGCUACAAGGACCUGAAGUCGAUGUUUCAAGGAUUCAAAUUGAUGCUUUGACUAUAUUGAAUACUGUUGAAAAAAGAAAAUUAUCAGAUGUAGAUGAGAGCAUAGUUAGAUAUUUAUUGGAAUCAGCAUCUCAGUCUAACAUCGUCAUAUCAAAAAUACAAGACAAACUGAAGAUCGAUAACAUCAAAGCUUCUCUCGGAAUUGAUGAUGACGAGCUUUGUUUGAGAGUUCGGUCAGAUGACGAUUUCAAAAAAGCCAUUCGUAUUAUCAAAGAAAUGGUUGCCACGGAAACAAUAAAAACAGACCAAUCUCGAUCGAGUCUGGUGAAAUCUCCUGCAUGGAGAGGAUUUCAACAAAAUCUUAAAAAAUCUGGAAUAUACGGACUUUAUAUAAAAUCCAAUCAAAGUCUCAUAUUAGUAUCAGAACUUUCAGAAUUAAGAAUUUUGAAGAACAAAGUCAACUCAUUUCUGGAUGAAAAUUCAAUCAAGUGCAUUUAUAUUACAAUGAAAUAUGGACAAGCAAAAUUUAUCGUGGAAAGAUCUGAAGAAUAUUCUACUGAGAAAUGCAAACAGAAAUCAAUAAAAUGUAGUUUAACUCCUGAAAACGGAGGUGGAUUAUGCAUUGAAGGAAAAAGGAAACCACUUGAAGAUGCACAUUCGGCACUAACACUUCUCCAAAAUCAAGUGACUGAACAGACAACCAAUCUAAACAUCGCUGGAAUUAAGGAAUAUUUUCAUACUAAAGGAGGCAAAAAGUUUUUAUCAACAACUGAAAAAAUGAAUGAUUGUAUCAUUUUAAUGUCGCCCCUCUGUGAGGAAUGGGUUAAAUUCAACCCAGAGGCUAAGCAGCAAGCUCCUGUCCCAAGGUCGAGAAGUAGAAGGCCUGCUUCUUCGAAUACAAGGGCACAACAAUUGGCUUCUGUGACCUUGGCAAAUUCAUCAGUGACCUUGACUGUUUGGAAAGUUGACAUCACAAAGCAUACCUGUGAUGUCAUAGUAAACACAUCAAAUCCAGAAUUAAAGUUGUUGGCAGGUGGAGUGUCUGGUGUCAUCAAAAACUUAGAUGUCAAAAAUGGAAAUCAAAUUCAAACAGAAAUGAACAGAAUUAUAAGUAGUAACCGUGGAAACCUUCUGCCUGGUGAUGCAGUUUUAACUGGGGCUGGAAAUUUACCUUCUUGCAAAAAGAUUGUCCAUGCGGUUGGUCCAAGAUGGGAUUCUCAGUCAGAUAGAAGUGAUCCGUCUCUCUUGUUGAAAGCCUGUGUUUCAAAAUCCCUUGAAGAAGUUGAAAACCAUCAACUAAAGUCAAUAGCCAUGCCAGCAAUUAGUUGUGGAGUUUUUGGUGGAAAUGCAAGAACCUGCAUUCCGUUAAUUUUAGAAGCAAUAGCAGAGUAUUUUAAAGAUACCGCUAGUUCUGUGAUAACAAAGAUCGACCUUGUUGAAAACAGCAAACAAGAUAUUCUUGAUGAGUUAGUGAGGAAUAUUAAGAAACAUGGGACGAAUUCUUCCCCUUCAAAUUCUACGGCCCAGUCUAACCAAAAUACUCAACCUCAGGUUGCAAGUUUAAAUAUUUCAUGCAAUGUCUCAUUGGUACAAGGAGAUAUCACAGCACGUAAUGAUGAUGUGAUUGUUAGUAUAAGUCCUCCAAAACACAUUGCUGACAUGAGCGGAUCUGCUGUAUCGAAGGCUCUGUUGAAAAAAGCUGGACAGAGAAUACUCCAAGAGUGCGCUCAAAUAAACUCUCCAUCCAUGGGACAAGUGUUUGAAACCAGCGGAGGUGGAUUAGGAUGUCAGAAAUUGUAUCACGGAAUUGUUGGUCAUUAUGCUGCAAAUACAUCGGAAGCAAUUGUAAAAUCAGUAGUGAAAAACUCAUUGAACAUGGCAGACAGGGCUGGAUACAGGUCGAUUGUUUUUCCUGCAAUUGCAACAGGAGGAUUUAAACAUCCACCACAAUUAGUAGCUAAAUGGAUGAAAUCACAAAUAUCUAAAUUUAAUGCAACGAAUAUUCAGAAUAUAACUAUUCUACUUUAUCCUGGGAACCAAGCUGUAAUAAAUGCUUUCACAACUGAAUUCAACCAGCAAUCGGCUUUUACUGCUUUUCCAUCAUAUUACAAUCCACCCACUUCUUCAAGCACUUCGUUCCAUCAGAAAAUAAAUUCUACUUCAGCCAAAUUUGGCUCUGUUGUUGUGUCAGUUUAUCAAGGAGAUAUAACAAUACAGAAUUGUGAUGUUAUCGUCAACAGCGUACAUUCAGGCUUUGACCUUACUAAAGGAAUGAUUUCAUCCAAAAUUUUACAAAUGGGUGGCCAACAAAUCCAAACUGAAGCUUCUACUGGGAAAGGUUCUUAUGUUAUUACCUCUAGUGGUAACUUACCUUGCGGAAGUAUCAUACACUUGGUGGUACCAACAGAUGCUAAAGAUCUUGAAAAGAAACUUGUUGAGGUUUUUGAUGCUGUGGAGAAAAGCCAAUAUUCUUCUGUUUGCGUACCUGCUUUAGGAACAGGAAAUCUCAACAUGGACAGCAUCACAGUUAGUUCAGUGAUGCGAGCUUCGAUUGAAAAGUUUGUUCGAUCAAAUCCGAGAUAUCUUCAACAAAUAAACAUUGUGAUUUAUGAUCGAAUUAUGCUGCAAGACUUUAUCGACGCAAUUGUAAAUGACAGCACAAAGAAAAAGGGCUUUUUCACAGGAAUAUAUGAGACUAUUUCUGGUUAUUUUACAUCUUCAUCAUCAGCUCCAUCAGAAGCCAAAGGAUGGAUACCUCCUCAACGACAACAACAUAAAGAUGAAUCCUUGAAUUUGUACUUUUAUUCAACCAGUGAAACGAAGAUACAGCAGGCUAUUAAAAGUGUUACUGAGGAAACUAACAAGGUUGUACAGAAACAAACGAUUGAUGAUGAUGCAAUUGGUAGACUAUCGUCAUGGGAACGAUUUGAAAUUUAUGAGGUUGCCAAGAGAAACAAGGUCACUAUUUCAGAUGAGUCAAACAGAUACAUAAAAAGAUUGUCAAUCGAAGGCAUGACGGCGAAUGUUUUCAAAUCGUGUGAUGAAAUUAAAACUGUUCUAAAAAACUUCGUAUCUGCUGAAACCUCAUCACAGUAUGUUACAUGGCAAAGACAAACUUCUUCAAAUAGAUGGGAUAACUUUCAACUUCGGUCUGCUCACGUCUUAGAAGUUGCUUACAAGGCUCGCAAUGGCAACAAAACUGAUCCAACAUUGAACAGGAUAAACGUUCCUUACUACAAAAACAAUGCACUGCACAGGACUAUCGUUGACCUUUCUACAGUAGAGAAUGACUUGCAUGGCAGCAAUCCACCAAAAGUUCGAAGAAAAAUAAAUGAAAAAAGUGCUGACGAUGUUUUACCUGACUAUUGGUCUGACAUGAAAGGACAACAACUGAUAAAAGUUAAGUUGAGUUCAACAUCUCCAGAAUAUCAAACAGUUCUCACAAAAUUCAUAGCAUCGGGCCAAUUUCAUCAGACUAUUAUUCAUAUUGAAAGAAUACAGCAUGUAUCCUUGUAUAAGCAAUAUGCUGCCAAAAAGGCAGAAGUAACAGGGAAUCUCCAAGGAUCAGGAGUUCAAGUUGAGAGAGAAUUAUUCCACGGAACGACUGAUGAGGAUAAAAUAAUUCAAAAUGGAUUUGACAGAAGCUAUGCUGGAAAAAAUGCUACUGCUUAUGGAAAGGGUGUUUAUUUUGCUCUGAAUGCAACUUAUUCUCAACGUUAUGCUCAUCCAAAUAGUAGAGGAGAAAAAAGAAUGUUCCUAGCCAAUGUCGUUACAGGAUAUUACUGUAAGGGAGAUUCAAGUAUGGUCGCACCACCUCCGAGAACAAACAGUAACAUUGAUCUGCAUGACAGUGUAGUAGAUCGCAUCUCUGCUCCUACGAUAUGGGUGAUAUUUAAAGAUGCAAGUGCUUAUCCUAAAUAUCUAAUCACAUUUCAAUAGUUUUUUUAAAUAGUUAAAUAGCUUGGACAUGUAUCUAAUCAUUUUUCAUGCAUUAAAGACUAUGAUAUCUGACUUACCUGUGGAGACGUCUGAAAUAUAUUCAUUGUCCCACACUUGUAUGCUUCAUAUGCUUGCUCUGCCAUUUGCCUAAAGUUUUAUUUUAUAUCUAUCCUAACCCAGAAGUGUGGGCUUAUCUAUGUAGCUAAAGCAGAAUUUGUCACUUAUGAGUCGUGGAUUUGCUAUUUUUAUUCUUUCCAUUAUAUUCCAAUAAUUAUGUAGAUAUGUAGAAUGCUAAACUUUGUGUCUAAUAAUGGACAAUCUCAUCAGACUGUUUUAUAUUAAUAAUGGCUAAUUAGUGUAUCAACAUCUGGUAAUUCACAGUACUUAGUGAUAAUUUUCGGUUUCAAAAUUUUAAAAAAUAUCACGAAUUUUGCAAGCUGUGUGUAUAUAUAUAUAUUUUUUUAUUAAUUGCUCAUUUCAGCCUGAUUUGUGCAUAAAAAAGCUGUUUUAAUUUAUGCGAUGGGACCAAGGCUAUUAUGCAUUUAAUGGUUCAGGAGGAGCCUGGAAUCAGCACUUUCAUUACCCCAUUUGCAUGGAAGUGAUUUUAGAGAAAACUAAAAAUGGUAAUUACAUGAAAUACUCCGUGAUGGUUCAUCAAUAUUCUGUGUAUAUUUAAACAGUUGAAACUUGUUUCUAAAAAUUUUCCUUUCCCCAUACCUAGCAUGGCCUGAUAACUGGACAAGAGGCCGUGGUUCGCCAUGUGACUAAGUCGUCUUGUUUCCUUUCCUCUUCCAAAAGAGAAAAAUAUAAGCUUCUUAUCCUAAUCAGAAUGAACGAAUUGAGAAGACCCUGUUUUUUUCUAUAAAACAUGAAAGGUCUUUACGAGUCAAUGUAUGUCCGCGAAAGUUUUUUUUUUAGUAAUGAGUAUAUACAAGCAUUCCAUAUGAAAUUAACAUAUACCAGUUUGUAUAUCACAUUCGACUUGUCUAUUGAAAUUUUGCAAAGAUUACUGAAUAAUAUUAUUCACAUAUUCUUCCAUCCAGAAGUUCAGUUUUAUCAGAUUAUUUUUUAUAGGUUGCUGUUGUAAAACAUUUUUGUGUAAAUUUUCGAUUGGCAGGUUGCAAUCUCAUUUUGUCUGUGAAUGAAUACUUACGUGCUGUGUGGACCAAAGACAAAUAAUUUGCUCUUUCUAAUAGAUGAUAGAAAAAUAUUUUCGAAAAAUGGAUAAAAAAUAAGUAAUAUAAAUUGGGUCAUGUUUAUCGAAACACAGAUUUAUUUUGAAAUGCAAGAAAGUCGAGAUAAACAAUGAUUUGGUAGGUUUUCUAUUUUCAUGUUUUUAAAAUCCAAAUUAGGGCUUUUUUU